UAUCUGACGUUGUUAUUGGUCACAAUGCCUUGUCACUCAGAAUGUAGCCACGCCUUCUGACCUCUAGCUUGGCGAUGUACGCUCUCUGAGUGGUGGAUGAUUUCUUCCAUUAGUGUUGGAGCGUGGGGGCAGGCUUGGGCUGAGGUUUAUACUUCCUCUUUUGCUUGUCUCUGGGUAGCUGGGACGCGACGGUGGGAGAAGCAAUGAUGGGGACUCGGUGGGCCGGGUUGGUUGUCUGGCUGGUGUCAGCCCUUGUGGCAGGUAUUUCUGCCAAUGAAUUCAGUAUAUUGAGAUCUCCCGAAUCAGUUGUUUUCCGUGAAGGAAGUUGGCCAAUACCCGGAGAGCGAAUUCCAGAUGUAGCAGCAUUAUCCAUGGGCUUCUCUAUUGAGGAAGAUCUCUCUUGGCCUGGGCUAGCAGUAGGUGAUCUCUUCCGACGUCCUCGAGCUACAGUUCUAGUAAGAGUGACUGGGAUAGACAAACUAAAGUUGCCUAAAAAUGGCAUAUCUUAUCCAGUUGAGAAUGCGGUUCCUUUCAGCUUGGAUGGCGUUGCAAAUGCAAUUCACACCUUGUUUUCUGAAGAAACCCCUGUAGUCGUACAGCUAGCUCCUAGUGAGGAGAGAGUAUAUAUGGUGGGAAAGGCAAACUCUGUAUUUGAGGAUCUUUCUGUUACAUUGCGGCAGCUUCGGAAUAGAUUAUUCCAGGAAAAUUCUGUUCUUGCUUCACUUCCCCUCAACUCACUGAGCAGAAACAAUGAGGUUGACCUGCUCUUCCUGUCAGAAUUACAAGUUUUACAUGAUAUCACAAGCUUGCUAUCCAGGCACAAACAUCUGGCCAAAGAUCAUUCACCAGAUCUAUAUUCUCUGGAGCUCUCUGGGUUGGAAGAAAUUAGCAAACGUUAUGGGGAAGAUUCACAGCAAUUCAAGGAUGCCUCUCAGAUUCUUGCAGACUCCUUACAAAAGUUUGCAGAUGACAUGUACAGUCUCUACAGUGGGAAUGCAGUGGUUGAGGUAGUGACCGUGAAGACAUUUGACACUCCCUUUGUGAGGAAGUCGCGAUCCAUCCUACAGUCGCCACAGACCAAACCUGAAAAUCCAUAUAACAUAGGAUAUCCUUUCAACUUUGACUAUGCUGUGAUCUUCAACAUAGUCUUCUGGAUCAUGAUAGGUCUUGCCAUAGCUGUGAUUGUAAUCUCCUACAGUCUCUGGAAUAUGGAUCCAGGCUAUGACAGCAUCAUUUAUAGGAUGACCAACCAGAAGAUUAGGAUGGAUUAAGGUUCAGAUUCAAGCUUAAAAGGAGUAAGACUUCUUCCAGUGCUCUGGCAUGGUUCGGUAUGGACUUUUUUUUAACAGUGCAGAUAUUUCUGUGAAGUGUCCCUUUGUGUUUUCCUUGAGGUUAUAUCUAAAGGGUUAGCAGUGGACAUAGUCAACUUGCAGAGAUGAAACUGCUCACUGCUAUGAAAUCAUGAGCAAAUGCGUAUUGACAAUAUAUGAAAAUGAUUCCAUUUGUGGCUGUGCAAUAUGCAUUUAGUUUUAGACAUGCUGCUCUGUGUUGUGUGACUAACUGUAUGAAAUGAAUGCACUGAAAAUGUACUAGUGACUUGCUUUGUUUAACUUCUUUGCACUGGCAAUUUUGGAUGUUACCUUGAGACCGUGUUGUAGAUUAUGAAUUAAAUAAAUUGUUAAGGUAAAUACUUUAAAUUGCUGUCUGCAGGGAUCUAGUCCCUGUUAAGCAGCUUCUUUAACCAGAGCUGUUUAGUUAAAAUAGAACCUGGCUUAUGUGUACAUGGUUGUGAGCUACCCUACAAAUGUUAUUCAGGUGAAUGUUUGUUUAAAAACUGUACAGAAGUGGUCUAGAACAAGGAAGAAAAACACAUGUUGCUACAGAAGAAAGCAUUAGAAAUUGCAGCAGUGCAGGAUCUUGUACAUGUCAGAUUGUACUAGAAGUUGAAAAGAAAGGAUGGUAUUGCGAAACUGCAAUGACGGCAUGUAUAUUGCAAGUUCUUUCACUUUAUUCUGUAUUACCAUGCUACUAAUGAUCAGCUAAUAUCUAUUUCCAUUACUUGUGCUUGGUUGGAGAUUGACUACAUGGUGCUUGUUGAGAUGUACAAAGGCAUGGCCAGAAUCUCCAAUGUAAAGGGCUUUAUCCUGCCAAUCCUAUAGAUAAUUCAAUGGAUAAGUUUAUAAAUUUCAUUAACUGUAGGUAAUUGGAGACUUUGUACUAGUUGUGAUUCAGCUCAUUUCAAUUUAGAUGGUGCAAUUAUCUUAGUAAUUGACCCAAACAUACACCGUUAUAGAUGCUGAACUUUGACGAGAGUUUUACUGCAAUAGGUGCCAGUGUGCUGCAACUACCACCUCCAAUCAGUCCUUGCCCAUUAUUGCGGUUUCAGGUAAAACAUGAUAGGGGUGUGUUCCUAGUAUACAUACAUGAAAAAUGCUUUAAUUCCAAUUCCAGAGGUAAAAUUACAUAAUUGUAAAAAUGUAAAAAAAUCACAGAAAUACUUGCCUUCCAAUCUAGUGUGGACAGUAUUCUCUCUAUAUAAAGAUGUUGUAUGAAAACUUUACUUUCUAAUUUCGCUAAGUGUCCUGUAGUCUAAAAAACCUGAAUUUCUCACAGUGGUUAUCGGGUGCAGAGGAAACCUCAAAACUCAUCAGUCCUGUUGCAGACCAGUAGCUUUGCUAGAUAGAGGAUCAGUGUUUAAAGCCUAAAACUUAUUCCCAAAAUAAAAUCUGAAAUCAAAACUGGCUAGUAAUGUGCAAUGAAAAAACAUGAUGCAGCUGAGCAUUAGCCAUACCUAAAUCCAUUGGCCUGCUUGUCCCCUUGUAUCAAUUGUUCACUGAUUCAAAUUUUUGUUAGACCCUACAGCUGAUACCUAGUAAUUCAUAGACUGUGACAAUUUGAGGCUUUUUACUGAACUCUGAAUCAGAAGAAGUUAGUUACUGUAAGCCCAUUGGAAUAAAUUGGACAAGUUCAUCACACUAGUUUUGUACCUAGUACUGUCUUGGCUAGUUUGUUGAACAAGACAGGAGAGAUAUCAGAAAACAAGAUGCUAACGAAUGAGGCUGUGUUGCAUAGUUGUAUCAGAGUCUUGUAUGUUGAAGGACUGUAUCUUAAAUUUGAACUAGUUGUUAAGACAUUGUCCAUCAUAAGUCUUCUAAAUCUUAGCCCUCUAGGUAAUUUAACAGAUAAUGAAACAAGUAUUUAAAUAUAUUCUGUCUCCCCAAAGGAUCAUGCAUGCAUUAUAGGAUUUUGGUUUUUCUAAUAUGUGUGGAAUAAUAAAUGUUUGACCUUGUCAA